AUGACUGAUCAAAAUAAUCAAGCACCAGAGGCAGUGACAAAAACAUCAAAUAAGUUUGAUAUCUUGUCUGUGGAAAGUUGUUCUGAUAAUGAAAGCGACACAAAUGUAGAUGAUAGUACUUUGAAGCUCAACACUAUAUUGCCAUCGGAAUCUAGACUAAAUAGCCCAAACGUCGACUCGAGGAAAUAUGAUAAUGCACAAAAGAAAAAUCAGUCAACCCAAUCUUAUGGUCAAAGCAAAAAGUCUAAUUCAAAGUCCAAUGAUAAUAAUCGUAGUUAUCGUACUGCGAAUUCGAAGAGAGCCGCUACAUCUCAAAAGGGCACUACAAAUCAACCUA